AGUAUAAUAUUUGCAAUGGUCGGGUUAAACGAUGGAUUUGAGUGUGAUACGCUUCAUUUCUAAAGUCUAGGGGAUGAAGUGUUACGUGACGGGUGGGUGCGGCGAGGCGGUCAUAAGUGUGGCGCCCACGAGCUCCCUACAACUUGACGGCACCCUCAGCCCGGUGAGCCAACGGCCGCUAUUGAUCCUCGACGCCGCGGCCGCCGUGCACGCCGCCGGCCCCGCGGCAGCCCGAACACCGUGCUUUGUCAUUAUAACGUAUACACAUAAAAAAGAACUCAAAGGUAUAAUUUAUACCCCAAGCUGUUUCCACUUUUUUAUUACAUUCGGGGCUAUUGAUGUUCAAGCGAUAAAACUUUUUACUAGAAAACUGUGAAUGUGAGAAAUUAAGGUCAACGCGUGCGCAGGAAGGUCGCCUGAGGAGACUGAGCGAGGCGCUCUCCGCCUUCCUCGACCCAAACUGACCGCGCUCCACCUAAAUUUGAGUCCACUUAGUGCCUGCACCUGCGUGAAUAUCUGUCCUAAGGUGACAAGUGUCCGCCGCACUAGGAAACGGCUAUCAAGGGGUGUCCACAACGCUUCAGUAUCUCUAAACUCGACUGGUAUCGACCCGGGUUCUUGAUAACUAUCCGACCAGCACAAGAGAUCAGGUGUGAGGGGCGCUGCUCCCUCCGCGCGCUGAGGUAAGCCAAUACCCACACACCUCGAUGCUGUCAGAACAAGGCAUCUAGCAGUUCAGCAGUCCUCAAGUCGCAAAGUUAGAGGACGCCAUUUCCUGCCCACAAAAUGGAUUCCGUGCGGAACGACAACUACCAGGGCUAUGCCAUGGGGCAGCAAGGGCAGCAGCAGCAGCAGCAGCAGCAGGGAGGAGGGCAGUUCUACAUCGACCCUGCUAAUGCACCGCAGCAGCCUCAAGGUGUGCCCGUCGUGCCAGGGUCGCGGCCCUUCGUGGAUCCUGAUGCCCACGGAGAAGUUGACCCCACAGCCUACCCGGAGCCCAAGGAGUCCACCCAUAAAAUCCGUGGACGAUCCGACUUCCUCGACAUGUUUUGCAACAACGUGAAUCAGGAGCUGCUCAUAGCCAAGACCUUCUAUUUCUUCUUCUUCUCCGCCUUCGGGUCGUUGUUCCCUUUGAUGGCCGUGUAUUUCAAGCAAAUGGCCAUGAACCCCCUUCAGACGGGCGUGCUCAUCGGCAUCAGACCCUUCAUCGAGUUCAUCGCCGCGCCCUUCUGGGGAUCCAUCGCUGACAAAUUUCAAAAGGGCAAGAUGAUGCUGCUGUGUGCCGUGGGCUCCUGGAUCCUCUCCACCCUGGCUAUCGGUUUCAUCCAGCCCGCCGUCACCGCCUGCGUCAGGUUCAAUGGAACGCACCACAUCCUCGAGAAUCCUUACCACAGGCCUGUCUACAAGAGGAGCGUGACGCAGAGUGACUUCUUCCUGCCCGCCGCCGGCAACCUUCAUCCCUUCGGCGAGCUGGACGAUACCUUCCUUGGCCUAUCCCCCGCCGCCGCCGAGUCCGUCAGCUCCAUGGAAAAUAUAAACGGGGACUUCCAGUGGGACCACCUCCCCCUCAGCAUGCAGGGCCCCGCCAAGAGGAGGAGGAAGAGGGACGAGACGCCGCUGCCUCCAGGUCACGUCAUUGGAAAGUCGCCCCACAUCGUCCAUUACACCGUCAAUUUCAAGGAGUUUGAGGGAGCCGAGGACUGGCUGUCACCGCCCUUCUCCAGCAUCGUGUACAGCUCCUCGGAUGUGCAGAAGGUGUUCUUCCUGCUGCUGUUGGUGGUGAUACUCGGGGAGUUCUGCAGCAGCCCCGCCAUCACCUUGGCGGACUCCGCGGUUUUGACGUAUCUUGGGGAUGAGGCAGAUCACUAUGGGCGGCAGAGGAUGUUCGGAUCCCUGGGCUGGGGCCUGGCCAUGUUCUUUGUGGGUAUCGCGCUUGACCACUCGACAGCCUUCCCUGGACACCCCUGCAGGCCCCAUGAGAAGGAGAGGAACUACACCAUCUGCUUUGCUGUCUUCAGUGUGCUCAUGGGCUGUGCCUUCAUCACAGCCUCACAGUUCAAGUUUGACUACUCAGGCCCAGCACCCAGUGAAGUGCCAGAGGAGGUGAAGGAGCCCUUGGAUAAUGGGCCUCGGCCAUGGAAUGAACCAAAGAUACCAAUGCAAGAGCAAAAGUCUCAGCGACAGAAGAUUGAUGAAGCCAUCGGCACCAUCAAGACCAAGAUCUUUGCGCAAACCAUGAAGGAGAUGCCCGAGUGGUUUGUUGUUCUGAAGGAGUUCAAGAACCUGCGUUGCGGCGCCUUCCUUUUCGUGGCCUGGUGGAUGGGCUUUGGCAUUGGCUUAAUCUUUGCCUUCCUCUUCUGGCACCUCCAGGACUAUGGUGGCACACCCACAGUGUUUGGUAUUGCCAGCAUCAUGAAUCACAUCUCGGAGAUCUUUGCUUAUUUCUUUAGCUUCAGACUGAUCGCUCAGAUUGGCCAUGUGAAGGUGCUGUGUAUAGGCCUGACUGGAAAUGUGCUUCGUUUCCUCUACAUUUCCUGGAUGAAGAAUCCUUGGUGGGUUCUUCCCUUUGAGUUUAUCCAGGGUAUCACCCAUGCUGCCGUGUGGGCUGCUUGCUGCUCCUACAUUGCCCACAACACACCUCCCCACCUGCGCUGCUCCUCCCAGGGGGUCCUGCAGGGCAUCCAUCAUGGCUUUGGGAGAGGCUGUGGUGCCAUCAUUGGAGGGAUUUUUGUUAAUUUCUUUGGGACUUCAGUAGUGUUCCGGUCAUAUGGUAUCAUUUCCCUCGUCAUCCUGGGUGCCUUCAUCUUCAUUAACUUCUAUCGGAAAGAUGUUGGGUUCCAGCCCGACCUGCCACCUGAAGAAGAUCCUCAUGAGAUGGCUGAAGAAGGGACAGCCCUGGCCCCUCAUGGUGUCCCAGCCAACCCCAUCCCCAGAGCACUCAGCUCCCAGAAACUGAAUGAAGGAGCUCCUGAUUCUGGGUAUGGUACCUACAAUGCCACCAACGGGAUGUUAGAUAUACCCGGUGGAGGAGGUGCACCACCCACUAACCCCUUCCUGCAAGGCGGUGGGGAUGGAGGAAGUGGUGGAAGUGGAUACAACUACUCCACUUCCCAACCAACCCCACCACUUUUCUCUGAGACCAAUCCCUUCAGAAAUUACCUUACAAAUCCCACUCCCUUCCCUAGCAAGGACUCUCCCAUCAACUCCCCUGACCUCAGCCCUGACUAUGAGAGCAUCAAACACAGGUUCCAGGCUUAUGAUGAUCUGCUGAGUGGAAGGAACAGCAUUAAAGGUGAUUUGAAAGACUCAUCCCCCGCCAAGCACAUGGAAGGCAUUGAACCCAACCCUGAGCUCACAGUAGCCCCACAAAACUGUGCCUGGUAGGCUGCAGGCCACCACUGCUGCUGCCACCACUCAGACCAUGUGCAACACUCCCACACGGCCAGCCACUCACCGACUGGUAGGAUGCAUAAUCACAGUUAGAACGUUGGCAGUUACCCUCAAUUAAAAAUCAUCCUCAUCUUCUAGUGUGAUGCAUUGUGAUAAGCAGGACUAAGAAUUUAUGCAAAGGGCAGUAUGUACUUAGUGCCUCUUAUGAAAGUCAUCCAACAUUAGGAAGUGUAUAGUGAUAAGCAGUAAAACACUUUCAAAUAUAUGUUUAAUCUACCCACAUGAACCACACUGGCUCAGUUUUACAGAAGGUUUUGUAGUCCAUCAGACUUCAGGGUGGGGAUGCUUUUUUACUGAGGGCACUUAACUCUUAUAAGGGAAGGUGACACAGCACAUUAGAGUAUUGAGGAUCGUGGCUGUCUUAGUUACUCACAAAUUAAUUUCAUAAACUGAUGAUAGUAAGGUGAUUGUAAUCAAAAUAGUCAUGCAAUUCUCUGUUUCUUAUAUGGCCAUUGCAGGGUGAAAACACAUUAUCUCCUUUAUGGUCAUGCUUAGUAACUGUUAGUAACUCCUGAAAACCUGUGGACCUCAGUAUUGCUAGCAUAUAAGAGUGUAAGGCAACAUACCACUAGGGAGUUACGGGAUAGACAGUUACUUUAGACGUUAGAUUUGUUGGACAUUUAUUUCAGUACGAAAACUCUUUACCACUAUCCAAUGCCCUAAACCAGGCAGGGAAACAAGGAACUUAAACAUCACAAACGAUCAUGUCAUUGUAAAUACGUGCCCGUCAUCAUUGUAACUAUAGAAGCACCCACACCGUAGUUGUCUCAUCGCACCCAUUUAUCGGGCUAGUCAAGUGUAGUGACCUGUGGUACCCUUGUGGUGCGGGAUCCUCCUCCAGGUAUGAAGAGGGACACAUUGAGAGUCGAGAGCAUGUCAGUAAGAGUACAUUUUCAUCAGAGUUUGUUUCCUUUCUUUGAUACAUUAAUAGUGACUGCACUGUUGCAUUGAACUUAGUUGUUCUAUUGCAAGACUUUUUUUACAGCAAUAAAUGUAUAUUGUAUAUUUUUGGGACUGAGCUUUAAUUGAUAUAUUUUUGGCAGAAUAUUUCUUUUAGAUAAUGUGCAAUAUUUUGUAUGAAACCUUGUAAAUUAUGUAAAUUAAAAUGUGCAUCUGUGGUUGCAAUAUCUGAAGUUUAUGAGGGAAGACUAACAAUUACUCAAAAGCUAUAAUGGAUUUGGGAAGUUGAAUAUAUUCAAUCCAUGAAGUCAUGGGCUAUAGCAUAAUAUACAUAUCCACACUUUUCUUUUAACAAAUUUGAGCUUUCAAGUAAUGCAAUGCAGUGUACAUAGAUGAUGCCUUUGUUACUGCAUAUAAGGAGUCAAGGUUUGUAGAAUACAAGGUCCAUUCACUUGGCAGUGGAGGUCUGAGCUGUGACAUCAGGCAUCCCUCACCGACUCGGAAUCCUUUUCCACAUAUCGUGUACUCUUCGCCGGGCUACCUUGACACAGGUUUCAUAUUAUUGGCAGUUUUCACCAUCUAGAUAUUUCUGAAUUGCUAAGAGUCUUAUACCAGGAACCAGGAAAGUUUGCAUAUUUUGGAUCGAAGAAAAAAACUUCAUUGGGAGCUAUACUCGAGGAAUUGCAGCAAGAUGAAGACAAAAAAGCAAGAAAUACCAUUCCCUUUUUGUGUAUUUCUAAAUCACAAUUUUUUUGUGUGUUUUUUGUCUUAAAGCAAGCAGAAAUGUGUCAUGAAGAUUAUGUUAGGGUCAGCUUUUCUAAGCAUCCUGUGGUUAUUUCAAAAUCUCAGGUGAGAGUGCACGAUAUGUAGAAGAGGACUGAGUCGGCGAGAGAUGCGUGCUGUCACUGUUCAGCCCGUCACCACCAAGUGAGUAGACCUUGUAUUAUGUAGACCUUGAUAGGAGUAACAGGAGUACUAGCCCUUGCAUGAUGAGGUCUGAUAGUGUACAGAGCUACAUAUCUUCAUUUAUGUUCUUAUAUAUUAUCAUUUGAAAAGAAAACUGUAGUGUGAGUCUUGAAUUAGAGCCAAGACUUUGUAUGUCAAAGGUCAUGAUAUUUUGAAACAACAAAAGUUGUUCAUGAACUGAGGUCAAUUAUUAAUCUAUCAACAAUGGUUUCUCUUUCCAUAAACUAUACCUAUAACUUUUAGCUUUCGGGUGAGUGGUAGUUACAUGUCAAGCAUAAGAGCAGGAAAAGUUGACACCUUAAAGUACUUCCAAGUAUCUGUUGACAUGUUAACUGGCCAGAAACUAUUCUUGCUCUUUGAUUGUGGUGGUUCUCCUUUUCCAUGAGUGUGUUGGAGGUGAGGGAUGGUGUGCUUGGUUAAGUGGAUUAGACAGUUCCCACCUCUUGGUGCAAGUCUCAGUUUGCAGGUUGUCUUCUUGGACAUCACUGGCACUGUUAGGGGAUAUGAGGGAGGCCCAACACUGACACUUGUUUCAUGGCUGUUCCUUCAAUGGGAGAUAAAAAAUGUCAGUAAGAAGAUGAUAUAACUUUGAAGGUGUAACUAUUCUGCUUAAUUCUAGAUUUGUUGACUACAAAUUAAUAAGUCUACUAAAUCCUUUGCCUUCAAGAAGGGAUUGGCACUGGGUAAAAAACAGGAGGCAAGCCAGGCUACCUUAACCCUGACAACCAGUGUUUUGCCUUCCUCUGGGUGUUGUUCCCUUGUCUGUAAAUUAGUGUUUGCACUCUUAAUGAGUACUGUCAUGCUUUCACAAAGAUGAGUAUGUCGUAACUGCUCAGACAAUGUGUGUGGUGUUCAGUAUGAAAGAGUAUUUGUUCAGUCCCCGAAGAAAACAUGAUUAUUGUGAGAAAGGUACCAAGUGGUGAGGGUGUCUAUGUAGACAUUUAUGUAACAGGUAGAACUUGCACUCAUCACUUUUCCAAAAACCUGAUUUCAAGCAGGUUUUAGAAGGUGAUGAAGCAAGAGGUUGUGGAUUAACUUGACAGGAGUGUGGGUUCCUUCACUAUAAUCUUGUAGCAUAAUGAAUGUAGUGCUGAAGUAACUCCUUAAAUGUAAAUGUUGCAAAUAAAACAUUAAAAACCUUAUUAGUGCAGAGGAUAUAUCUUUUAAGGUUGUUGAUUCAUGGUAUUUCAAUAUAGAUGACUCACAGAGCCAUGAAGUGAGUUACCUAGAUGUGCAGACCAUUUGCCUUGCUGAGGAUCACUGACAUAAUGUGUGUCAACAAUAUAACAGGUGGUACAUUCAGUCAAGGGUCAAAUGAUAUGUAUGUUAUCUGUCUUGUUGAAUAUAUAUUGUGUUGUUUAUUGUGGUAAAGCGAGAUGGAAGUUGAAAGA